AUGGCAUUCGAUUACAGAACCGCAUCGGAGGAGGAUUUCACGCGAUUCUGUUCCCGCCUCAAUCCGACCCGAAUGAUCAUCUCCGAGCUUGAUGGCGGACUUUCGAUUAUCAAGGUUUCAAACGACGUUGUCAUAAAGUGCGGGGUUGGCGUUACACAGCAGGAAGCAGACAAUCAGGAAAAGGCAUUCCACCUCAUUGACCAGACGAUAAUCCGAGUUCCUCGCGUGUAUCGUUACGUCGCGUGGUCGAACAUUGGUUAUCUUGUUAUGGAAUUUAUUGACGGAGAGCCGUUACAUGUCUUCGACGAUCCAAACAUCUGCACUGCUAUCGCCGCAGUGCUCGACCAUUUCGCAUACAUUCGGAGUGAUCAGCCUGGUCCGCUAGGCGCAGGGCCUGCUCGUGGCAUCCUGUGGACAGCAUGCGACUCAAUUUCGCCGUCAAGUAUCGUCGAUAUCGAGGAUUACUAUAACACGAGACAACUCCAGCGGCACAGAAAACUCAGCCUGCAGAGUUUUCCGCUGAGUUUAUGCCAUCUUGAUCUUGUACCUCGAAAUGUUCUUCAACUCAAAGAUGGGUCCUUGUGUCUCCUCGAUUGGGCUUCUGCUGGUUUUUAUCCGAGAUUCUUCGAAAUAUGCACACUUCGCAUCAACUGCCCG